AAUAACUUUAUUCAUCAUAAAUGAAAUUCCAAACAUAAUUGUAGUAAAUACGGAGUGUUUAAUGCGGAAGCGAUUUUUAAACAUGAUUCAUAAUAACAUAAUCAUUUAUUUUCUCAAUAAAUCCACCACGACUGUCUCGCCCCUUCCGCUGCCAAGAACAUGCCAUUCACUCAUUCUGUCUACCUGCGUGUAGCAAAUAAAACAUACUACACGCUCAGCGAUGAAGCUGAGUGUUUUUAAAUAAAGUAUGAAUAAAAGACUAAUCCCAAUUCCAAUUUUUUUUAAAUUUUUUUUUUCGGUGUGUUAAAAACCAAACCCUUCCCAAGCAAAAGGUUGCACUGAAGCCCAGCGCACGUAGUAGAGAAGGGAGCAAAGCAAAGGAAGCCGCUCAGAAAUCGGAACCCUAUUCCGAGUUCAUCCUUCAACAAUCGUCGGGAGACUCGACCCUCGAUCAAAUCCGAAGAAUGCACGCUCCCGUUCUUGUUCUCAAGGAUUCCAUAAAGCGUGAGCAAGGACACAAGGUGCACUAUGGCAACAUACAAGCAUCGAAGGCUGUUGCUGACAUCAUACGUACCACUUUGGGUCCACGAUCAAUGUUGAAAAUGCUGCUUGAUGCUGCCGGAGGAAUAGUCGUGACUAAUGAUGGAAAUGCCAUUCUACGUGAGUUAGAUCUUGCACAUCCUGCAGCUAAGUCCAUGAUUGAACUAAGUCGCACUCAAGAUGAAGAAGUGGGGGAUGGAACAACAUCUGUCAUAGUUCUUGCCGGUGAGAUGCUUCAUGUGGCGGAGGCAUUCAUCAACAAGAACUACCACCCAACUGUCAUAUGUCGAGCAUAUAAUAAAGCCCUAGAAGAUGCUAUUGCUGUGCUGGACAAAAUUUCAAUAACCAUUGAUGUCAAGGAUCGUGCAGCUAUGUUGGGUCUCGUGAAAAGCUGUAUUGGUACAAAAUUCACUAGUCAGUUUGGAGAUCUAAUUGCGGAUUUGGCAAUUGAUGCCACGGAAACGGUUGGGGUUGAAAUUGGCCAAGGGUUGCGUGAAGUGGAUAUUAAAAAGUACAUUAAGGUUGAGAAGGUUCCCGGCGGUCAGUUGGAGGAUUCAAAAGUGCUCAAAGGAGUUAUGUUCAACAAAGAUAUUGUUGCUCCAGGAAAAAUGAGAAGAAAGAUUGUAAAUCCUCGCAUUAUUCUCCUUGAUUGUCCCCUGGAGUACAAAAAGGGCGAGAACCAAACCAAUGCAGAGUUGCUUAGAGAUGAAGAUUGGAGCAUUCUCUUGAAAAUGGAAGAGGAGUACAUUGAAAACAUGUGUGCUCAAAUUCUUAAGUUUAGACCAGACGUGGUCAUUACUGAAAAGGGGUUGAGUGACCUGGCGUGUCAUUUUCUGAGCAAAGCUGGUGUUUCUGCAAUUAGAAGGCUAAGGAAGACAGACAAUAAUAGAAUUGCUAAGGCUAGUGGAGCAGUUAUUGUUAACAGACCUGAUGAGUUGCAGGAAUCUGACGUUGGUACAGGGGCUGGACUUUUUGAGGUGAAGAAAAUUGGUGAUGAAUUCUUCACUUUUAUUGUUGAUUGCAAAGACCCAAAAGCGUGUACUGUACUUUUGAGAGGUGCCAGCAAAGAUUUGCUGAAUGAAGUGGAAAGAAAUUUACAGGAUGCUAUGUCUGUAUCCAGAAACAUCAUCAAGAACCCAAAGCUAGUGCCUGGGGGUGGUGCAACAGAGUUAACUGUAUCUGCUAUGUUGAAGCAGAAGAGCUCAUCCAUUGAGGGUAUUGAGAAGUGGCCAUAUGAAGCUGCUGCAGUUGCUUUUGAGGCCAUACCACGAACAUUGGCCCAAAACUGUGGGGUCAAUGUGAUUAGGACGAUGACUGCGCUGCAAGGGAAGCAUGCAAAUGGUGAGAAUGCAUGGAUUGGAAUAGAUGGGAAUACUGGGGAGGUUGCUGAUAUGAAAGAGAGGAAGAUUUGGGAUUCAUACACGGUUAAAGCACAGGCUUUUAAGACUGCAAUUGAAGCCGCUUGCAUGCUUCUAAGGAUUGAUGAUAUUGUAAGCGGUAUCAAGAAAAAGCAAGCCCCAGGUGCAAGCCAGGCUCCAUCAAAGCCAACGGUCGAGGGAGAAGGUGAUGCUGACAACGACCAGUUGAUUCCUGAGUGAUGAUGUCACAUGGAUAGGUUUGUUCAUGCAUCGGGAUGCAAUUUUCAAUUUAAUCAGCCCCCCUGGCCUUGGGUUUCUCUACUUUUACUGUGGUCGUUGUCUGUAAGAACUAGGAAAUUCUGUUAAAUGCUGAGAAUGGGAGCCGGACAUGCCCCUCCCAUAUUCCCUGAGCUUUGAAUGAUCUUUUUGGGGUUUGUGUGAAUUCAUGUUGUUCUUCUAAGUGUGUUUUUUAUUUAUUUAAUGAUAAAGAACAUGAUAUUCC